CGGAUGUUGUGGUUCAGGGCUUUUUCCCCUGGAUUGAAGCUGGGGAGUUCCUACACCUGAGCUCGCAGUCUGUGCCAUGGAUAUAGAUCUGGUGAAAUUUCUGUGUCCCAGGUCCUGCACUGCUCUCAUUCCCGUGAGUCGAAUGACGACCUCACAGAAGUACCACGACUGGAUCUCCCAGCAGGCCAAGCUGUCAGAUUGUCGAGCUGACAUGGACUGGCAGACCCCGGCCAUUUCGGAGAAGUUUCAGAGCCGCUUUGGGCGGUGGCCGAGCACAUCGGACAGCGGUGACACGGGGCUUGGCACCACCCCCUCGGACAGCACAGAGGAUUUCUGCAGUUCCAGCGGCAGCCCCUCCUUCCAGCCAAUCCGAAGCCAGAUUGCCAUCCCCACCGCCCAUGUCAUGCCCUCCACGGCCAGUGCCCCGGCCCCCAAGCCCCAGCCACGAGCAGCAGACGAGCCUCAGGCUUCAGCCGAGGCCUCCUCAGGCUCCAGAGACUCAAGCGCCUCCAGCUCCAAGUCCUCCCCGCUCCCCAAAUCGGCCUCCUCUCCCAACCUGGAGGCGCACGGUCAUGGGGACGCGGACGCCCCCUACACUAAGAUGGACUGCCUGAGCCGCUACCGGAGCCUGGUGAACGGGCUGGACCACUCGCUCUUCCCCCCCGGCGAGCACUCGCGCCUGGGCGAGGGCCAGAGGUUCGAGAUGCCCGCCGUGGAGCCCACCCUCAACCAGUCGGCCCUGCUGGGCACCUUCUGCCCUGACCCCCGCUUCCGCCUGCAGAUGAGCGGCCUGGGGGACACCCCCGAGCCCGGGAACGAGGUGCCGCGGGGCUCCCUGGAUCCGGCCUACAAGGCCCUCCCAGAGGCCAAGCUGGCUGUCCCCGGCGCGUCUGACCCGUACGGGCCCAGGACCGCCUUCCCCCCGGCCCACAUUGGGGGCGCUGGCUUCAGCACCCCCCAUACCCUGCAGACCCAUGCGUGGCUGAGGGAGCAGCCCGGAGCCAAGGGGUACGAGCCGCGGCCGCUGGAGCGCCCCUGCGACCUGGCCAGCUGGCAGCAGCAGCAGAAGCAGCUGGAGAGCCUGCGGCUGCAGGUGGAGCAAAUGCAGCUCCUGACCGCAGGCUCUGGGCAGUACUCCUCCCUGUAUCCCUCCUCUCUGCACACGGAUGGCAACGCCUGGGACGCCGUGGUCAAGGCCAGCGAGAGCCUGCUGAAGGAGAAGGAGCUCAUCAUCGAGAGGCAGAGGCAGCAGAUGUCGCAGCUGGAGCAGAGGCUGCAUGAGAGCGAGCUGCAGGUGCACGGGGCCCUCCUGGGCCGGGGCGGCCCCCCCUACACGGACGUGUGUCUGCUGAGACUGCAGGAGGCCCAGCGGGAGAACACCUUCCUGCGGGCGCAGUUCGCCGAGCGCACCGACAGCUUUGCCAAGGAGAAGGCGGAGUCGGAGCGCAGGCUGGCGGUGGAGGAGACGGAGGUGCAGAGGCUGAAGGAGGCGCUGCAGGAGGCCAGCCAGAAGCACUCGGAGGAGCUGAAGAAGCAGGAAGAGAGGAUCCGCAGCCGGGACAAACACAUUAACAGCCUGAAGAAGAAGUGCCAGAAGGAGAGCGAGCAGAGCAGGGAGCGGCAGCAGCGCAUCGAGACGCUGGAGCGCUACCUGGCCGACCUGCCCACCAUGGAGGACUACCAGAGCCAGAGCAAGCAGCUGGAGCAGGCGGAGGAGAAGGCCAAGCAGCUGCAGGAGAGCGUGAGUGAGCUGGAGGCCCGGCUGGGAGAGACUAGGGCGGCCACACGGGAGAGGGAGGCCCAGCUGGAGGAGCAGAGGCAGAGAGAGAGGGACCUGCUGUCCACCGUCACCAGCCUGCAGGAGAGGGUGCAAGAGGGGCUUGCUGAUGGGGCCAGGCUGCCCUCUGUGGACAUGGAGAAACUUCGGGGGGAGAACGCCGCUCUGAGGGAAGAGCUCCAGAGGCUCAAAAAGGUUAUUGAGAAGCAGCAGAGGAUGAUGGAGCAGCUGAAGUCACAGAUUAGGGUGCUGGAAGAGCAGGCUCUACAGGAGGAGGGCAGCAGUCAGGCUUUGAGAGAGGAGCUUUCUGGGAAGGAGAAGGGUCUUCUGCAGCUGCGCGGUGCUAUGAAGGAGCUCUCCGCUCAGAACCAGGAGCUGAUGGAGCAGAACCUGACGCUGCAAGAGCGGCUGGGCGAUUCGGGCCGGGGGGCGCCGCCCGCGCCGGCGGGGGCCCAGCUCACCCAGCGCCUGCACGGCGAGAUGGCCGCCUGCCUAUCCGACCUGCGCUCGCUCUGCAACGUCCUGACGCAGCGCGCCCAGGGCCGUGACCCCAACCUCUCCCUGCUGCUCGGCAUCACCUCGCCGCUGGCCGGAGGGGAGCAGCAGGAGGACUGGCAGAGCCCCGAGACGCUGGACAGGAAGCUGUCGGAGGUGCGUCAGCUGCGGCGGGACGUGGAGGAGCUGCGCACCACCGUGUCGGACCGCUACGCGCAGGACAUGGGCGACAACUGCAUCACGCAGUAAC